AAAAUAUGAUUUUAUAAAAAUGUGUUUGUUGUCCAAUCAGCUCUUUGAUCUGGCGUUUCCCAUCAUGCAUUGGGUCACCUGGCUCUAAAAACUCUUGUGAGGUCAUCGUUACCACGAGUUCAUGACUUCAGAGCAAGUCGGACACAAAUCUACCCAGAAUGCAUUGUGUGGCUCAUCUCCAACGAUCUUAUUAUUAUGAAAGUUUAACUCUCAGGAAGGUUUUAAAAUGUGGCCAAAUUUAUGUAUUUUAUUUUAAUGAACUUGAAUGAAACCUGAACUCUUCAUUGUUAAUAUACAGAUAACGGUCGUUUUAUUUAGUAAAUUAUUUUAGUAUGUUUAAUGGAAAGAAGUCACCUGUUUCUUCUUACCUGUUUUUAAAUGUGACCAGCUGUGAGUCACGUGUGUGUCUUCAGGUGAGACCUCCAGCUUCUUCUUCUGUGGUUGAAACAUGGAGUUGGCGUACAUGUGUGAGUGGGAGAAACGACCAAAGAGCACUCACUGUCCGUCCAUCCCUCUGGUCUCUUCCUGGUCCUGUAGGAACCUGGUGGCCUUCACCACCGACCUGAAGAGUGAGGACGACGACAAAGAUGUUAGUCACAUGAUCCACAUCAUCGACACUGAGCACCCCUGGGACGUUUACUCCAUCAGCUCUGGGCACACUGAGGUCAUUUCAUGUCUGGAGUGGGAUCAAUCAGGUUCAAGACUGCUGUCUGCAGACGGUGACGGACAGAUUAAGUGUUGGUCGAUGUCGGAUCACCUGGUAAACAGCUGGGAGUGCGUCCUCUCCAGCUCUCUGGACGGAGAUCCAAUCGUGGCUCUGAGCUGGCUGCACAACGGAGUGAAGCUGGCUUUGCACGUUGAGAUGUCAGGUUCUACAAACUUCGGUGAGAAGUUUUCUCGGGUGAAGUUCUCUCCGUCUCUGACCCUGUUUGGUGGUAAGCCGAUGGAGGGCUGGUUGGCGGUGACCGUGAGCGGUUUGGUCACCGUGUCGUUGUUGAAGCCGGGCGGCGCUCUGUUGACGGCCAGCGAGAGUCUCUGCCGGCUGAGAGGACGGGUGGCGUUAGCCGACAUCGCCUUCACCGGAGGAGGGAACAUCGUGGUGGCGGCGACCGACGGCAGCAGCUCGUCUCCCGUCCAGUUCUACAAGGUGGUGGUGAGCGUCGUCAGCGAGAAGUGUCGCAUCGACACAGAACUGUUACCAUCUCUGUUCCUGCGCUGCACCACCGACCCUCUGAGGAGGGAAAAAUACCCGUCUGUCACCCACCUCAAGUUCCUCACCAGAGAGAACUCUGAACAGGUAACAAGCAGAAGCAGAGAGAACUCUGAACCUAUAACAGGGAGAACCAGAGAGAGCUCUGAACAGGUAACAAGGAGAACCAGAGAGAACUUUGAACUUACAACAGGGAGAACCUGGGGAACCAGUAGAACCACAGAGUUCUCUGAACAGGUAACCAGUAGAACAUCAAGAACAGACCAGAGAGGAGUUGGUCACACAGAACUAAAGAACCUGACAGAACAUCUGUGUGUGUUGCAGGUUCUGCUGUGUGCGUCCAAUCAGAACGGCAGCAUCGUGGAGUGUUGGUCUCUGAGGAAGGAGGGACUUCCUGUCAACAACAUCUUCCAGCACCGCUCACCAGUUGUCGGAGAGAAGCAGCCGACCAUCUUGAAGUGGAGGAUCCUGACGACCACCAGCGACCUGGAGCGAGUGUCGGCCGUCGCUCUGCCCAAACUCCCCAUCUCCAUCUCCAACACGGACCUGAAGGUGGCGUCAGAUACCAAGUUCUGCCCGGGACUCGGUCUGGCUCUGGCCUUCCAUGACGGCAGUAUUCAGAUCCUCCACCGUCUGUCCCUCCACACAAUGGGGAUUUUCUAUGGUUCCUCCUCCGGUCAGAGACCCGGAGACGAGUCUGCCAUCAAACGCCAGAGAACCGGAAGCCCGGCGCUCCACUUCAAGGCCCUGCAGUUCUCUUGGACUUCACUGGCACUGGCCGGAGUGGACAACCACGGGAAGCUCCAUAUGCUGAGAGUGUCGCCCUCUAUGGGUCAGGUGCUGGAGAUGAACACGACGCUGCGCCACCUGCUGUUCCUGUUGGAGUACUGCAUGGUGACGGGCUACGACUGGUGGGACGUCCUGCUGCAUGUGCAGCCCACCAUGGUCCACAACCUGGUGGAGAAGCUGCACGAGGAGUACAUGAGGCAGAACCAGGCGCUGCAGCAGGUUCUGGCCACACGUAUCGUGGCAGUGAAGGCAUCUCUCUGUAAACUCUCCACGGCUACAGCGGCUCGAGCCUGCGACUUCCACGCCAAACUUCUGCUGAUCGCCAUCAGCUCCACCUUAAAGUCUCUGCUCAGGCCGCACGUCCUCAACACACCUGACAAGAGUCCAGGUGACCGACUGACAGAGAUCUGUGCCAAGAACAUCGACACAGAUAUUGAUAAGGUGAUGAUCAAUCUGAAGACGGAGGAGUUUGUGUUGGACGGCCCCCCCCUUCAGUCCCUGCAGCAGCUCAUCCAAUGGGUUGGAGACUUUGUCCUCUACCUGCUGGCUAACCUGCCCAACCAGGGCUCCCUGGUCCGGCCUGGUUUCGGCUUCAUGAGAGACGGAUCCUCACUGGGUCUUCUGAGGGAGAUGUUGGUGAUGAUCAGGAUCUGGGGUCUUCUGAAACCAGGAUGUCUUCCAACGUUUACAGCGACCUCAGACAACCAGGACAGCAUGCAGCUGAUCUUCAGACUGCUCACCAAGCUGUGGCUCUGCUCCCGGGACGACGGACCCCCCCAGGACCCUGAUGAGACUCUGAUCGAUGAGUGCUGCCUGCUGCCCAGUCAGCUGCUGGUUCCCAGUAUGGACUGGCUCCCAGUUAAUGAUGGCGUCAUCGUCAAGCUGCAGGGUAAACACCCGCUGAGGCUGCAGUUUGGAAAAGCCUCGUCUCUUCCCGGAGCAGGUUCUACUGCCCCGAUGGAGGUCUUCACCAGGAGUCUCGGCUCUCAGAAGAUGGAUAACCUGCGUUGUGUCCAUAUGGGCGUCUGUCCCACUGAGGAGAGCAAGGCCUGCACCAGGUGCGGCUGCGUGACGAUGCUUCGUUCUCCAAACAAGACGAAUGCCAUGAAGCAGUGGGAGCAGCGCUGGAUCAAGAACUGUCUGUGUGGAGGUCUGUGGAGGAAGAUUCCUGCAACGCUCACCUGAACGCAUCACCUAUCACGUUCCUCUCCAAAUUAACCUGUAAAUAAAGUUUGUUUUGUAUUUGACUUUGUAAUAAAACUGUCAAAAUAAAAGCUUGUUUUCUUC